AGAAGUCAUCCACACCUGCGGCUAAUGGCUUAACACCGGGUCUCCAGUGUUCGCGAGUCAACCGUAACAGCGAUGGUCGGAGUGGUGUCACGGCUUCCGAUGUUUGCGCGCCAUUACAUCGUGCGGUUAGUCUCGCAAUUGGACGCAAACCUGAUAAUGAAGACAUAAAUCAGUUAACAGAUCCCAAUUAUAUCAUCGACAACACCGUCGACGAGCGCUCGUUGGACGACGUCUUAGACAUUGUCGAAGGCGUUGACAAUCGCGCCGUCACUGACGCCACCGAUCGUGUCAUCUCUCGGCCCCACAAACGGCCCAAAGAGCGACGCAAACCCGCGAGGAAUGAGCCGAAGACGAGUAGAUCACCGGUCAUAGCGAUAGGCGACGAGCGGUCAUCCGUUGAUCAUAAGCCGACCCAAAAGUACGGCCGAGUCUUUCAAUGCAUUUUCGGUGUCCAUAAACCGUAUAAAAAGCACAAAGAGUUCACUUUUGACGGCUUUCUGACCGUUGAUCGUCACGACAAAAACGUCCAACUGAUCGAUGUCUACGGCAAGAGAGUUUCCGACUCGAAGGUGAAGAGCGCGAGUCUAUUAGAGUCGGGCAAUAGACUAGUGGUCGGCCACAAAGAGCUGGAGAUCGGCGACGAGAUGUCACCGCAAGAGUUCGAAACCGGGAACUACUUCGAGAAACAAGUGGUCACUUAUUGUGAUUGACUCUCAUAUCAUAACCACUUCUACACGUAUUAUAACAACUCUUUCAUUAUUUGUAUUAUAAAAACUCAUUUAUCCGUACGUUUUGUG